CCCGCUCAGCUUUACGGCAGAUAAUAGGCCAGUGUGGAGUGUACUGAGUAAUGGCAGGAACAGACACGAGAUAGUCCACGAACUUUCUUUUAUUUCUACAGUUAUCGGAUACCAGCAGCCGGACGGACGACUGUCUUUGCCGUCGUUAGCUGUGAGAGGCCGAUUCCGACCCCGUUUCUCUCAUCAUAUUAACUGUAUGCAGUGGAAUGGCUGAAGUGCCGCCUGGGCCUAACGCACUGCCUUCAUCCCCGAGCGAGAUCACAUCACUGCCCGUGGACGGCUGCACCUUACUGGGGAACGAUGGGGGACUGGACAUCAUCACCCCCGGCCCAGGACCAUACCAGCACGCCAACGACCACAAGACGAUCGUUAAAUCCAACCAGAACAACAUGCAUCCCAACGCAUCAGGCGCCCAGUUUCACUCAGCCCAGCUGAACGGAGUCCAGUGCAACCACACUCACCUCCAGAACCACGUCCAACACCGGGCGACCGACAAUCAAACCGGCGCUUCUGAUCAUCAUUUGGGCGGCACCGGUGAAACACAAGGCGAUUAUACGGAGAAAAACAAUUGUUCGAGAAGUAAACGUUGUAUCGAUAAAUCACAGAACCAGCCGCCGCCGAACAACGGGAUAAAUUGCACUGAUGGUAUGGCUAUAACGGAGUGCGGUUCUUGUCAACCGGAGAGUGGUGUAAGUAGCAGGACUGGCUCUAAAGAUCAGGGUCAAGUGGCGAUGGACGGGGUCGAGCCAGGCCCGGGCCCGCACGGCGCUGGAGUAGAGCAUGCGGCGGCCACUGACAGCUCUCCGGUCGCGGAGAUGUCGAGACUCGCGCUGGAAGAACACGACGAGUCCAUCAGAUACGUGAGAUACGAGUCUGAGCUACAGAUGCCUGAUAUUAUCCGCCUUAUUACUAAAGACUUGUCUGAGCCCUACUCCAUAUACACCUAUAGGUACUUUAUUCACAACUGGCCUCAGCUCUGCUUUCUGGCCAUGGUUGAAAAAGACUGUGUUGGUGCCAUUGUAUGUAAGCUAGACAUGCAUAAGAAGAUGUUUCGUCGUGGAUACAUUGCCAUGCUCGCCGUGGACUCCAAAUUUCGCAGGAAAGGCAUUGGCACAAACUUGGUAAAAAAGGCCAUCUAUGCCAUGGUGGAAGGGGAUUGCGAUGAGAAAUAAACCUCAAACUGAUGCACUUCUCAUUUUUGCACUGAUUUAAACGGGUGAAAUUCCCUUUUGUGCCACUGCCUUAGUUAAACAGUAGGGGGCAGCAUAUAGAUCUUACCAGCUCAGUUCUAUAGUGCUAUAUAGUAAACAUGCUUAUUGGAUACAAGAGACCGAUUGGGCCUGGUUUAUGAGACGUGAAAAGAUUGAGGUCUAUUGAUCAUUUGCAACACAACAUUUUAAAUUUAAAAAUGUAAAAUUUCUCUGUAAAGGGUGGAAAAUGAAGGUGGUUCUAGAUGUUUUUAUUGGAUUGUAUUUAACAGUAGUGUGCUGUGGCAGGUUGUACCAUCACUCACCCGCAUUGUAAAGUAUAUGUCUAUGUCAAAGAAAAUUAUUAGUUUGUGUUUCCAUUCAUUGCCCAUGGACCCCUUGUUGCUUUGCUGCUGGCUCAUGAGUUCUUGGAAACCAUUGCAUUUGUUUUUUUUUCUGGUUUGAGUGGGAAACAGGUUUUUGAUUUGCUUAAUGUACAUAUGGACAUUUGCUUUGUGUCGUUUUCGAAUUAUCAUUGAAGUUUUCCCCCACAGAGCUGCUGUGCUCCAUUGUUGAUAAAAAUGAACAUGUUGCUAUAUAAAUUGCAUUCACCGGUUUUGCUGAUGGAUGAUUGAGAGAAAUUUAUGCAUCUUUGAUUGUUUUCUGUUUUGUUUCGAUUUAGUUUUUUUAGCCCAAUUGUAGUACAUCUUUCGCAUCCCCACAGAAAACCCUGAACAUGCCAGUUUGGCUCAGAUGUUUGGUUUCUGUUCAGUUUGGUUUCUUUCUGUCCGUCUUUUAAGGACCCAGUGGUUGUUAUAAACCACAGUAUAAUUUAGAGCCAUUUAAAUCCUUGUUUGUAUUUCAUUUAUGGACUUCUGUAAAUUGAAAGGCAAGCUUGAUUUGCUACCAUCUCAAAUAUUAGAUGGCAGAUGUAAGUUUAAUGUUAAGUAAAUUCGAUUACAAAUUUGUCACCAGAUGCCAACCUAGACAGGCUGUAGUGCUUUUUUGGCUACCAGUCAUUUGCCAUCCUUUGCUACCCAUAUGGGUUGAUUGCUUCUUUUUUAAAAUUGUAGUUGGCAUGACUCUGAUCAUGGUUUUUGCACUGCCAUUUUUUGACUUUGAUGGGCUGCUUACAGUAAUAAACCACAAAGGUCCAUAAACAUUAUUACCGUAUUGAUCAGCUGGCAGGUUCUAGCUGGGUAAGAUGACGUGGACGCUAAUUUGACAGACUUCAGACUGCAUCGGGGAAUCAUUCUAUAAGGGGACUCAUUUUGAAUCUGCACUUGUGGCUAACUCUCUCACCAUCUCAAAAGGUGAAAUUUACGUUGUAGUUGGUGUUGCUCUUGUACUUUCAACUGAUGAUCUGGACAAGCGUGACCUGCACCUCAACUUGGAUCCAUUCUGUUGGGGAGAGGAGAAACUGUUUGCAUGUUGAUGACAUUUUUCUCCACCCCUUCUUCUCCCACUUUCAAAAUGUCUAGCGAAGUUUCUUUGUUUUCAAGUGGACAACAGACCUGGUUUAAAAAUUAUAAAUAAAUUAUUUGAUUUUUAAACAAAAUAA